AUGUCAAUUUUCUUUGAAAAAUCCACGGAAAGUAGAGCUUUUGACGCGAUUACAACACGCUACGCAUUCUUGACUAUAUCGAAAGAAUACUUAGCGACAUACGAAGAUUUUGAUGCUCAAUUAUUAGCAGAAUCUGAAUUCCAGCUAGAAAGUAUUUGCUGUUAG